AUGUUGCUUAAGUAUCUCGGUACUGUUAUAUCUGCGCAGGAAAGUGAAAACAAAGUUAUUGAUAUAGCAUGGUCGCCAAACAACUUAAAGUUAGCUGUAGCGUCCUCGGAUCGUUCUAUUUAUCUCUUUGAUGAGAACGGAGUCAAACGUGACAGGUUUUCUACUAAACCUGUUGAUAUUAAGUUUGGCAAAAAAAGUUAUAUGAUAAAGGGAAUAGCUUUCUCACCGGAGUCCACCAAGAUUGCAGUUGGCCAAACCGACUGCAUCGUCUAUGUAUACAAAAUAGGAGAUGAUUGGAACGACAAAAAAGUAAUUUGCAAUAAAUUUAAACAAAGCUCUGCGGUGACUUGUUUGAUCUGGCCGUCAGAGACAAGAGAUGGUCCAAUUAUCAUAGGAUUGGCGGAUGGAAAAGUCCGUGCGGCCCUGGUCAAGUCGCAGAAGGCGCAAACCUUGUAUACCUCUGAUGCCAUGACGAUAGCUCUAGCUAGCAACAUCCGCGGAAAUGGCUUCAUAUCGAGCCACGCCGACGGCAGUAUCAUCCGGUAUUACAUCACCGAGAACGACGGUGCAGAACCGUCGGGACGUGUAUGUGUUCACGGAGUGCCCGCUUAUGCACUAGCUUGGUCGCAAUCGCAUAUCCUGGCGGCAGGUAGCGACAAACGGUUGACCGUGUACGAUUCGUAUGGCAAGCCGGUCAAAACCUUCGACUACAGCCGGGAUCCCGAAGAAAAAGAGAUCACAGUGGCUUGUUGCAGCCCGAGCGGUCAGAGCGUCGCCGUAGGUUCCUGGGAUAAGGUGCGCAUCUUCGAUUGGUCGCCACGACGAAGCAUCUGGGAGGAGACUAAUGUGCGUGCUCUUCCUAAUUUCUACACAAUUACGGCGCUUGCCUGGAGACGAGACGGUUCGAAGCUAGCGGUUGGAGGAUUGUGCGGUGGUGUUGAACAGUUUGAAACAAUCCUGAGACGCACAGUAGUCCGAGGCAGUCAUGAGGUGGCCUAUGUAGGCCCCAGCCAGGUAGUGAUUCGACCUUUGAACGAUUCUUCGCAACGUUCCAUCGUUGUCAGAUCUCAGACUGGUUUGGAGAUCGAGGACGUGCGCGUUUUAGGACGUAGAGAUAACAAUGUUGUGGCACGCACAGCGCGCACUUUGCUGAUCGGUGACAUCGAGCUGGGCUUGAUCAGUGAGAUUCCAUGGGAAGAUCGAUCUAGCGGCGGUGAAAAGUUCUUCUUUGAAUAUCCAGUUGUUUGCCUGAUUUUCUAUUCCGGCGAGUUGACGAUCGUUGAAUACGGUCAGAACGAGGCACUCAGUUCCGUACGAACGGAAGCAGUAAACCCGCACGUGGUCAGUGUACGUGUGAACGAACGACCUUCGAUCAACGGGAUCGACAAUAAAAAGCUAGCUUAUCUAUUGGAUCCGAAAACCGUCCGCGUGAUCGAUCUAAUAACAAGCGGGACCAUUAGCGUAAUUGUUCAUGAUGCUCGAAUCGACUGGUUAGAGCUAAGUGAGGCAGGUCAUCGAUUACUGUCGCGUGACAAGCGAGGUCGACUUUGGCUAAGCAAUGACACAGGUGGAAGAGUUUUGCUGGUAAGUGGGGCAUCCUUUGCAUCUUGGAUACCCGGAAGUGAUGUUGUCAUCGCUCAGACAGGCCAAACGCUGGCCGUUUGGUAUAAUGUAGACGCGCCAGAAGCUGCCACGCUGACGCCAAUCAAGGGCGAUGUGAUGGAUGUUGUUCGCGAAGAUGGUCGAACGUCCGUAAUAGUAGAAGAACAUGGUGUCAAGGUACCAUAUGUGCUGGAUGAGGGACUGAUCGAAUUUGGUACCGCACUGCACGACAAUGACUUUGGUAGAGUCGUUCUGUUCCUGGAAAAUAUGGGCGACAGUCCGCAGGUAGAAACUAUGUGGGAAAAUGUGGCUAGAAACGCGAUGAACGAGAGAAAGCUUAUGAUAGCCGCCAGAUGUUACGCCGCUAUGGGCGAUGUAGCUUGCGCGAAGUUUUUGGAGGAAACCGCCAAGAUCGGUGAGAAGUAUGCUGAAGAAACAGGCAACGAUCCAAUGGCCAAUCCGGAUUGUUGGGCCCGGUUGGCCAUAUUGAACGGCGAUUUAAAAACAGCCGAGGCAAUCUAUCUAGAGCAGAACGAACUGGACAAAGCGCUAGAUAUGUAUCAACGAUAUUGGCACUGGGAGGAAGCUUUAACUUUGGCCAAGAGUCGCGACUGGAGCGGUUUGUCAGAAUUGCGAGAUCGUCAUUUGGCUUGGCUAUUAGACAGCGGACAAGCAGCCCGUGCAGCGUCUAUCAUAGAGAGUACAAAUCCCAGGAGAGCCGUGAAGCUUUAUCUGGAAGCACGUCGACCUGGACGAGCCGCCAGGCUAAUCCUUAGUGACAACGAAUUACUGGAAGAUGAGCGAGUCGUCGAGGAAGUCAUUAAUGGCCUUAAAGCUACCGAUCUCAUGGAACUCGCUGGAGAGUUACUGGAGAAAACUGGCGCCGGCUCCGAAGCGAUCAGUUGUUAUGCUCAGGCUGGCGUAUUUGCCAGAGCCCUCGAUCUAGCACGCAAAGUUGAUCCCACUUUAGUAGUUGAGCUAGAGAGGGAUUGGGGAAAGCAUUUAGCAGAGAAUGGUCAUUACGAUGCCGCCAUUAAUCAUUUUAUCGAAGCGGGUGAAACGGUAUUAGCAUUAAAAGCUGCUAUCAAUGCUCGACAAUGGAGAAAGGCUUUGCAGAUUAUACAGGUAAUCGAGAACGAUGAUGACCCUGAGAUCCGUCAGCAGUGUGAAAAAUUGGGCGAAUACUUCUCGUCAAUUGGGGAACGCAACUUGGCGGAGAGCCUUUUUGUUCGUGCCGGAAAUGCUCAACGUGCCGUGGAAGCUCACGUUCAGUCAGGCGAUUGGCUGCGCGCUCAUCAAGUGGCUCAGGAGCACAUGAAGAGCGAUGAAGCCAACCAAGUACUGGCGAAGCAUGCCGAGAGCCUGCAACAGACCGGCGAACUUCGCCACGCCGAGGCGCUCUACGUCGCCAUCGGCGAUCACGACACGGCGAUCGCGAUGUAUCGUAAGGCAGGAAAUCGUGGCGAUAUGAUCAGAUUGGUCGCCGAGCAUCGGCCUGACCUACUUCAAACCACUCACGCGCAUCUGGCGAAGGAAUUAGAAACAGCCGGCAAACCGAGAGAAGCUGAAGAACACUUUUUAGGUGCUGGUGAUUGGCGCGGAGCAGUUACAGCAUAUAGAUCCACCAAUAUGUGGGAGGACGCGUUGAGAGUUGCCAAAAAGGCUUCGGGAGAGAAGGCAGCACAGCAGGUUGCCUUGAUGUGGGCCCGAACAUUGGCUCCGGAAUUAGGCGCAAGACUCCUAAUGCGACUUAACUAUUUGGAACCCUGUCUGCAAUUGGCGUGCGAGGCUAGUUUGUUCGAAUGGGCUCUAGAGAUCGCCAAAUAUGGCACUGUGGACCAAAAGAAGGAAGUUCACUAUCGCCACGCUAUGGCGCUGGAAGACGAAGGCCGUUUCGAUGAAGCUGAAAAGGAGUUCGUACAAGCUGGCAAGGUCAUGGAGGCCGUGCAAAUGUACAUUCAUAACCGCGAUUGGGAAUCCGCAGAGGACGUUGCGCGAUCGCACAGUCAGGAGGCAGUGGCACAGGUUUUGAUCGCCCGAGCCGCCGAAGCUGCCGAGGGACAAGAUUAUGCCACGGCGGAGGCUCUACUUUUGAGAGCCCACAAACCAGAUAUGAUAAUAGAGCACUAUAAGACAGCCGGGAUGUGGUCUGAAGCGCUGCGAGUAUGUCGAGAAUAUUUGCCAAGUCAGGAGGCGGCUCUUCGCAGAGAAUUGGGCCAAAAGAACGCGGGAUUGGACGGGGCAAAUGCGUUAGAAGAGGCUCGGAAAUGGCUUGAUCUAGGAGAAGUGCGAGCUGCCCUGGACACUCUGAUCUUGAAUCCACAAGCACCCAGAUCGUAUCUCAUUCGUGCGGCUGAUAUUUUGUUGCAUCAAGCGGAUCCCGAAACAGCAUCAGAAAUCGGGGGUGACCUAGGUGCACGCUUAUUCUCUGUUGGUGAACACGCGCUCGCCGCUCAGGUAUUUCUUCAAGCGGAUCGUCUGAAGGACGCGGUGAGUUCGCUAGUGGCAGUUGGUGAAUGGGAUCGUGCGCGUCGGAUCGUUCGCGAGCUCGCUCCUGAUCUGGAACCGUAUCUCGAAGAGAAGUACCGGGAUGCGAUGGCGAAUGAGAGUGAAAUGGAACGACUGGCGGAGAUGGACGGCAACGCCGCCCUCGAGAUGAUGGCGCGCAAAGGUCAAUGGAGCCAGGUGUUUGACGUCGCAAGCUCGCAGAGUCCGGAAGUGCUGCAUAGGUUUGUGGCACGACGCGCCGCGCAAUUGCUGAAGAACGAUGCCGCACCGCAAGCGUUGCAGCUCUACGCGCAGUAUGGUGCGCCCGCGAUCUCGCAGAAUUUUAAUCUUUAUCUACAAUUGGCAGAGAGUGUCCUAAAUGCGCCACAGCAGGAAUACAGAUACUUGGCUCAGCUUCGUGACAUUUUGCACGGUUUCUGCCGCUCGUCUCCGCCCUCCGACAGAUUCGAGCGACUCUUAGAGGCUGCGCAUUUCUGCGCCAUGAAGCACGGUUGUCGUUCGUUCCCGGCACUUUCUGGCAUCGUCGUCAAAGUGUCUGUCAGCCUUCUGCGACACAGCGACAUACUCCACGCCGACAAAGCUUAUUACGAAGCUGGCGUCGCAACGCGUUCCGCGGGGCUUUUGAGUGAGGCUUUUGUUUUCCUUAAUCAUUUUCUCGAUCUGGAGGAGUGUAUCGAGGAAGAAGGCGAUAGCAAUGUUCUCGAUGUGGACGAUCUACGCGUCACCGAUUUUCCGCUAGAAGUCCCACUUCCGGAGAAUCUCGGAGUCGUGACAGAUCAACGCGAGGAGGCGAGAGAAUGGGUGCUGGCGGUGUCUAUGGACCAGAAGAUCGAACAGGGUCUGCCGGUCGACCAGAGAGGCGUCUACGUGGGCUCGUUAACGUCACCGACUAAUUCCGGUGCGCCUCUUCAGCAAUGCGUAAUCACGGGAUAUCCGGUACGCGGUCCGGUUAUCAAAUUCGAGGGGACCAGCAACCGCGUGGCGGAUCGCGACGAUUGGGCCAAAUUGACCAACACGGCCAGACAAGCGUCUCCGGAUUCGCCGCUGAACGACAUUCUGGUGUUUCUUCAGGAAUGGUGCGGCGCGGUACCCAAAUAUUCAUUUUGAAGAAAAAAUCAAGUUUCUUCAAUUUUAAUUCAAAUGGAAGAUAUACAAAAUAAUA